AUGAUUACCAGUCAAUUGUCUACAUUGGUCGAACUCAGUAUUGCAGUCGUCACAUUCAGAAAAAAAACAUAUGGCCAUUUAGGUUUUACCAACAACAAGGCAUCCCAAUAUCACACCAUAAAAUAUGACUUCAAGCCUGCUUCUGUGGACGUGAAUAAGAUGGCAACUGUGGAUGUUGGUAGUAAUAACCAAGUUACUGUUACUGUGCCACACUUAGAUGGUGCGGGUAUACCUCAAACUGUUUUCAAAGGUAACCAGAGGCCAUACACUAAAGAAUGUGUGCUCAUUAUAGACCGGGAUACAGGAGAAAUUACACUAGAAAAAUUAUCAAGCAAUAUACAAGUUAAGAAAACUAGGCAAGAAUCGACUCAAAAGCCGCGACCUCUUACUCCAAUAACUAGUGAUCUCACCAACACUACUCAAAGAUCUACAUCUCGUACGCGUGUUGCUACUAACAGGCGGACUAACAAUACUGGUACUGGAGGUAUGUCCACCCAAGUGACUCAUCAUCAGCGAUUUAAUGGUGGCGCGCCUAAAACUCAAAAUAAUAUGGUCAGAUCUCCUCCCAGGGUCAAAACGUCACCACCCCAAGCGCCUUGGUCAGCCGGCGGUAACAGCACAUUAGCGUCCCUACCGAUGAUCGGUCUAGAUGACGCUCCAGGGGGAGCGGCGGCGAGCGAACGACACGCGCCUAGCGCUCCGCAACCGCCCCACGCAGCUCACUCGCUUCACAACCAAACGUCCCAUGUUCCACAGGCCCCACACAACCCUCCCCCGAUACACGCCCCCCACACCGGGUCCUACAAUGCCCACCCUUCUAGGCAUGUACCACCCCCUGCACCAGUACAACCAUCCGUGCAACAGCGACAAGAAGAUAGCUCCUCGAGCUCAUCAAGUGAUAGCGAUAGCGACAGUGGAAGCGGGAGUGACAGCGAUGAUAACGAGCCCAGCGCUCAGCAGCCGCUGCCUAACGGUACCUCCACUAACCCAGCACUGCCAACCGACGUCCUCAACGACGACCUCUGCCUCUCCGAGUCCGGCAGCGACUCCGACUGA